CGUUUGUUAUGAAUAGAGCUUGCAUUGAAUAAUAGAUAUAAGAGUACAUGAGUGCAGGAGAGAAGCUAGAACUGAAAUCAUAGUGGUGCCAUCAAAGUGACAUUAUGCUGUAUAGUGAAUAUUUUUAACUAAAAACAGGUGCACCUAUGGUCAAACUAAGACAAUUAGCAUGCCUCUGCACCAGGCUAAUUGUACCUAGCUUUGCCCCUGCAUGAGCGCGUAUAGAAAAGGACCCUAAUGUAUAAAUGAAGGACACCAUACUCCUAAGUCCUAACACCAUUGAGUCAAAAUUAGGCCCACUCUGGUAGGCAGAAGCAAUCACAAACCAAGCCAGUAAAGAUGGCUCCACCAUGUGAGAAACAAUGGUCCUGUGCAAUGAAUCUCCCAACCAUAGAUAGGAACAUCUCACCAAGGAAGCUCGUGGGCUUGUCCCUUGCCAGCUUGCCAUUUGUAAUAGCCAAGACCAAGAUGCAGAUCCUUCCAACUCCAACCACAUAUGUGCCCUAUAAAUACACGAUCACUGACGCAAACCAUCAUCACACAGAAAUUGAAUCAUUUCUGAUCAUUUCAUCUCAAAGACAAGAGUCUAUUUCCUUGAAAGGCAGGUAGCCACCAUGAUCAGUUCCAAGAAGCUAGCUCAACUGUCCAAGAAGUGGCAGGGAAUGGGUGCAAUUGGGCGAAGAAGGGUCACAACUGUGGAUAAGGAGAUCAACCCAUCUUGCAGCAGCAUAGUUGCAGGGAAGGGCAACUGCAUUGUCUACUCUUCCGAUGGGAAGCGGUUUGAGAUCCCCCUCGCUUACCUCCACACGACAGUCUUUGCAGAGCUUCUGAAGCUGUCGCAGGAAGAGUUUGGGUUCACAAGUGAUGGGAGGAUCACACUGCCUUGCGAUACAGCAGUGAUGGAGUAUGUGAUGUGUUUGCUAAGGAGAGAAGCCUCCGAAGAUGUUGAGAAGGCGCUCCUCAGUUCCAUAUUGAUGCCUUGCCGCCACCCGAGCAGGAUGGCGCAGCCACCCAGUGGAAUGAACCAGCAAUUUGCCGUGUGCAGCUCCUGAAGAUGAAGACGUCCAGGGCUUCGAGCCUGUUUCCUCUCUUUUUUUCACCUUCCAUCUUUUUUUCCCAGCUGUACCUUGGAGCACGGUUUUUGUGCAAUGUUUUUCCAAUGGUACACUGCGGAUGUGCAGAUGGAUGCAUGUAUAAAAAAUCACACUGUGAUUAGAAAAGAAGGAAUCAAGCUCCCCCUUGAAACAACAAAGUAUUGUUUUAUUUA